AUGUUUAGCUUAAAGAACAACCGUAUCAUUGCCUCCUUUAACCCCCUUCUUUUCACCUCCUGUUCCCUCAUCGCCCUGUCUCAAGUCAACUUCGGCCUGGACCAAGGCGCUUUCAGCAACACGCAAGCUAUGAGCGCCUUCGUGCGCAAAUUCGGCGUUUACAAUCCUCAAUCCGACACCUACGUCCUAAGUUCCACCUAUCUCGCACUGCUCAACAGUCUCCCUUAUAUCGGAUUUGCAGCAGGCCUGAUUCUCGGCGGUGUCAUCAGUCAGCGAUAUGGUCGCCGCAUGAGCAUGUUCGCAAUGUGCCUCUGGGCCUUGGUAGGCGCAACGAUCGUCAUCACGGCGCAUACUAGGGCGCAGAUGUUGGCUGGUAGAGUCAUCGCGUACAUUUAUAUCGGGAUGGAGCUGGCUGUCGUGCCGGUUUUUCAGGCGGAGAUUGUCCCCGCCCAGGUGCGUGGUUUCGUGGUCGGUACGUACCAGGCGGGCUUGCUGGUUGGACAUCUGGCUAUGUCGGUUAUUUGUCGCGGAACGAGUGACUUGGAAGGGGAUCGCUCGUGGAGGAUUCCGUUAGGGUUGUUGUAUGUUAUUCCGAGCGUGGUGGCUUGUGCGGUGUGGUUUAUUCCGGAGUCCCCACGCCAUCUCCUCCUCCAAUCGCAACCUGAGAAAGCCUACCAGGCUCUUCACUCCCUCCGCCAGGGCCGCUUCACAGCUGAACAAAUCAGCCUCGAAUUCCAACACCUUCAAGAAGCGAUCACCGCCACAAAAGCCGAGCAAUCUGGUGCUCAAUUCAAGGAGAUCUUCCAAGGAAGCAAUUUGCGACGAACGUUGAUCACCAUCGGGACGAACGUGUUUCUGCAGCUCACGGGCCAGAACUUCGUUAGCAACUAUGGGACUGUAUUCAUGAAGUCCCUGGGAGCCGUGAACCCGUUCAGUAUGUCGUGCAUCAACUCGGGGAUCAAUAUCGUCGUUGUGCUGCUGUCUAUGGGAUUGGUGGAUUGGGUUGGGAGAGUACCACUAAUGCUCCUCGGCACCCUCCCUCACCUCACCAAAGCCAUCAAGACCGCUAUUACAGCAACCAUCACGAUUUUCGGCGCCGGAUUCUCUCUAGGCUGGGCGCCUCUCUCGCAUCUCGUGGCGGCCGAAACGCCAACCGCCCGGCUCUGCGAUAUCACCUACACCACGGGGGCGCUGUUCAACGUGCUCAUCCAGUUUGGGGUCUCGUUCAGUGUGCCUUAUAUGGUUUACGAACCGGCGGAGCUGGGCAGUAAAGUCGGAUUCAUCUUUGCGGGAUUCGCAGUAGGAGCUGGUUUGUUUACGUGGGUUUGUGUGCCUGAAGGACAGGGGAGGACGUUGGAGGAGAUGGAUGGGUUGUUUGGAAGGGGAUGGGGGAGGGGGAGGGGUUCUAAAAUAAACGUAUAA